AUGGAGGAACAAAAAGAGAGAGCCACAAGAGAAAAGAGUAGAAGGCGAGUAAUGUUAGAGGAAUCUAUACCAUAUCUUAUCUGCAUAUUGUGUAGUUUCUCUGGUGCAGGGUAUUUUUUGCUCUCCAAAGUUUCUCUAAACAAAGGUAUGAGUCGGUAUGUGCUUGUCACCUAUGGCUUCGCUAUUGGGACUCUAUCUAGUGCUCUUCUUGCCUCUGUCUUUGAAAGGAAUAACACUAGUAAACUCACCAGCCCUGUCUUGAGAAAUGUCUUCUUUCUAGGUCUGCUUGGAGCAGUGUUGGGGAGGACAAUGUUUUACUUGGGAUUAGAAUACACUUCACAGAUUUUUGCUUCUGCAGUCUCCAACAUAUUUCCAGUCUUUACCUUUGUCUUAGCAGUUUUAUUCAGAAUGGAAAAAUUGGACAUUUCGAAGAACAGUACUCGAGCAAAGAUAGGAGGAACUAUAGUUUCAUUUGCAGGAGCAACAAUCUUGACCCUUUACAAGGGCAUCAAAGUGAUAUCAGUACACACUCAAAGCUCCCAUAAUCAAUCUGCUUCUACUACUAUACAACUGUCUUUUGAGAAAGCUCACUGGAUAAAAGGCUCCCUUAUUCUUGUGGCUUCCUACUUGUCAAUCGCAGCAUUCUUCCUCUUACAGGCAGCAACAGUAAAAAUAUUUGCAGCACCAUUGAAUUUGACAACACUAAGUUGCCUGUCGGGAACAUUGCUUACAGUAAUCAUGACUGCAAUUUUGGAUCAUAAAGCAGCCUCUUGGAGGCUGUCAUGGGAUAUCACACUUCUAGCUCCUCUCUAUAGUGGAAUUAUAAUAUUCAGUUUGGGAAUUUAUCUUCAAACCAUAGUAAUGAGAAGAAAAGGUCCAGUGUUCGCGAUUGCCUUUAGUCCUUUGUCAUCAAUAUUUGCAGCUAUCAUGGGAAUAGUGAUUCUGGGAGACGUUUUAUAUUUGGGCAGUAUAAUAGGAGCUACAUUGAUAAUUAUUGCGCUCUAUUCAAUUCUAUGGGGAAAGAAGAAAGAGGAAGACAUCAUACUCGAGCGUACCACGGCAACAGAACUAGAUCAUAAUGAAAUCAAAGCAGAAAGUGCGAAAAUGGCAUUGGCGUUAAGCCAUUUGGAUGAUGUGAUUGAAAAUUUUGCAGUAAGAUCUGAGGGCUCUCAUUUUCUAGUAAUUCCUUAUGAUGUUGUUGAGAAUGAUGCUUUGCAAUUGAGUAUUGCUAGAGGCAUUCCUCAACAAGUUGAUUGCGACUGUGAGAUUUUUACAACGUAUUUUGCCGAGCAAUUAAUUCUUGGAAAGGAAAAUGAGAUGCCAAAAGAAAUUGAUGCUCAGUUGCUUCGCCAAGACAUUGUUGUUAGCUUGUAUUUUCAUGGGAAGAGGAAACAAGAAGAUGGAUAUUUGACUAGCGAUGAGUUUAGUGAAAAGCUUUUGGAUAGGAAGCAAAAGAGGAGGAAGACUGCUGCAUAG